GCAGGGAAGGAGGAGCCGACGAACUGGGUCACAUGGUUUCACGCUGCUCGCUACUCGAAACAGUAACUGCAAAACCAGUCGUUCAAACCAUCGGAGUUGCGCCCUCGUCGCUGCGUUUUCCUCUGUCAUCUCUGAAUGGAGUGCGGUGUAUUUCUAGGUGUAGCUUCCUGAAAACAGACGAGCUUCGGUUUUUUUUGUCUCUUUUGGCAAGAAAGAAUUUAGCACCACCUUCGAGGACGAAAAACUGCCAUCUCGGCGUCGUUUAAACACGUAUGUGAAAACUUAAUGCUUCGGUUUGAUGACAUUUUGUUUCUUCCUGUGUACUAAUCUUCGCUAGUCUGCCUGUCACCGUCGACCGACCGUAGGUUUUACGGUCUUUGCCGUGUUGGUGUAUCGUUAAUGUAAAUGUUGUAGCUUAACAGCCAGUUUCUCAACCGGGACCAAUCAGCGACUUUUCAGUUGCUGAACACUAAGACAGAAAAACGGCUUCAGCACUGAGGUAGCAGAGGAGGAGGAAAACCCCCCAAACUCCUAUGAUAUGGAGUCGACCAAAGCUGGAGGCGUAAUAGCCUACAUCAGCUCGUCCAGCUCUGGCUCCAGCCCGGAGUCGUGCCACAGUGACUCCUCCAAUGGCAGCUACCAGUCAUCCUCCCCGCCCCACGGUUCCUCACCCAGCUGCCACCAGCAGGGUCAGCCGGCUGACCCGGCGCUCCCCGCCAGUUGCCAAAACCUUCCUGGGACCCAGAAAAGCGGACGCUCCUCCUCCGCAGCGAAAUGUGGCAUCACAAAAAUCAACGGCCUGGUGCUGCUGUGCAAAGUUUGUGGUGACGUGGCCUCUGGUUUCCACUAUGGCGUCCAUGCCUGCGAGGGCUGCAAGGGCUUCUUCAGGAGGAGCAUCCAACAGAACAUCCAGUAUAAGAAGUGCCUUAAGAACGAGAGCUGCCCCAUCAUGAGGAUUAACAGGAACCGCUGCCAGCAGUGCCGCUUCAAGAAAUGCCUGAUGGUGGGCAUGUCCAGGGACUCUGUCCGCUUUGGCCGAAUCCCUAAGCGGGAGAAACAGCGCAUGCUGCUGGAAAUGCAGAGUGCCAUGAACAACAUGAUGAACAACAACCAACUGCACAGCAGCCAGACGCUACCUAUCAGUGAACCGCUGAAAGCCAGUGCCACAGAAUCUACCUCUGAGGAUGGCGGUCCCGUUCCCUCCAGCUCACCAUCCAGCCAGUCGGAUUCCAGCUCUGACCCUGAACCGGCCGUGGCCAUGGACACCAGCCCCAGUUCAGCAUCGGACAGCGGGGAGGAGGAGGUUAUCGGCUCUGUGACCAGGGCCCACCAGGAGACCUUCAUGUACAACCAAGAGCAGAGCAGCUUGACAGCCGAGGCCCCGCCCGCCACAGGCCCCCUGAACAGUGGCUCUGCCAAAAACACCACUACCCACAGGACAGAGGAGCGGCAGGACGUCUGGAACCACCACAACAAUCUGGUCACCAUGGCAGCGCAGGACCCCUCUGCCAGCCUGGGCUCCCAGACUCAGGAGGCCACCACCACCACCAACCACUGCCCCUUCAGACUGUCCAGGAGUGCCGCUGCGAGCCACAGUCCAGCCUACACACACGGAGCUUUCAGGGCCCCACCCACUGAGUGCCCAGCCAGCGGUGGUCCCCUGUGGAGGGGAGGCAACAGGAUGUAUCUGGUUUGUCCGAUGAACACUUCUGCUCAUGUGGACCCUCAGAAGUCAGGCCAUGAGGUGUGGGAGGAGUUCUCUCAGAGCUUCACCCCCGCUGUCAGGGAGGUGGUGGAGUUUGCCAAGAAGAUUCCAGGUUUCAGAGACCUGUCGCAACCUGACCAGGUCAGCCUGCUGAAGGCUGGCACCUUUGAGGUGUUGGUGGUUCGCUUCGCUUCACUUUUCGAUGUGAAGGACCGCACCGUCACCUUCCUGGGUGGUAAGAAGUACAGCGUGGAUGCUCUGAGAGCCAUGGGGGCUGGUGACCUCCUCAACUCCAUGUUUGACUUCAGUGAGAAGCUCAUCAACCUGGGCCUCAGUGAAGAGGAGAUGAGCCUCUUCACAGCCGUGGUUCUGGUAUCUGCAGAUCGUUCCGGUAUUGAGAACGUGAACUCGGUGGAGGCCCUGCAGGAGACGUUGAUCCGUGCCCUGCGAAGCCUCAUCACCAAGAACCACCCCAAUGAGUCAGCCAUCUUUACCAAGCUGCUGCUCAAACUGCCUGAUCUGCGCUCGCUCAACAACAUGCACUCUGAGCAGCUGCUGGCCUUCAAGGUCCAUUCUUGAAGUUUCCUCUACUACUUGACGCCCCGACAGAAACUCUUUAACGGCCUGUGACAGGGCCUGGAGGCCACACGGGUCAUCAGCUCCGCCUCACCGCUCACCCAAACCACACCUGCACCUCUACAUUUCUCCCAUGAGGCUUUGGGUCCUGUUCUUGUCGUCUAUAAACUGAACUUAAACUCAGACCUGACUUUUAAAUGGGGGAAGACGACCAUAAAAUGUUCUUUUAUUGUACUGUACUGUAGGGCGUAACUGCCUGUGUGAUGAUGAUGAUGAUGAUGAUGAUGCAUACAUUCAGGCACACUGAUUAAUGUAUAUGUUUCUUGUGUUUGUGUGUAGCAUACUGUAUGUUUGCAACUGUACAAAUGUUAGAAGCACUUUUCUGUAUAGUGUAGACUGGUAUUUUUGCAUUCAUAGUGCAAUAUGUGACUGCUUCUUGAUUUGAGCUGUGUAGUGAGGAGACGAGAAACUUGUGUACAUUUUUCAUCCGUUUAUUGAUUAGGUGCUGUGCUCUCAUGAGAAGGGGGUGGAAGCAGACAACGAUGAGAGGAAUGUGGACGUAAAGCUGCUAAAAGUCCUCGGUUUCCCGUUUGGUCAUCAGAGAAUCAGAGAAUGUUGUUUAAUUUGAACUAAAUAAGGAUGCAAAAGAAAGCAAUGUCUUAUUUUAGGCUUAUCAUGCAGUUGUUUAUGUGCUGUGCUGUGUUUUUUUUGUCAGCUUUCUAAAUUAUUGGGCAUAGUGACAAAUCCGAUGUAUCAGUUGCUGAUUUGUACACAUGGGUCAUUGGAAAUGGAGUUGCACUGACCCAGUGAAAUCAAAUCCUGGACUGAUCUGAGCAUUCUCCCUUCUGUUAUGCUCUUUCCUUAAAACAAACAAACAAAACGACAAAAAACAUGUUUCUCAGAUCCCCGUGUCUGCUGUCCCUGCGUGCCCCAGCUCGUCUUCAGCAGUCGAGUCAGACCCUUGCUGUCGGACAGUGGACGGCAGAGUCACCAGCAGUUCCCACUUGAAUAAGCUUCACUUCUGUUUUACAAAGUGUACAGGCUUUAGCUGAGUGUAGUUCAACUGAAUAGGUAGGACUAUUUCAUAUAAAAUAUGAUUGUAAUAUCACUGAAGUGAUUGUAAUUGAAAGAAAUUAGCUGAGUCAUGGUGAUGGCUGAGAUGCUGGUGUUCAGAUCAUAUUUGUGAUGCCAUCUUUUUGUUCCCUGUUGCUGAAUUCAGAAUGUCUGACCUUUUAAUAUCCAGAGCUUCUGUCGUUGUGUUAACAGCGCUCACAUGUGGUUCUGUUCUCCUCUGUGAAAGGUAUACAUAGAUUUCUAUAUAAAUGCAUACAUACUAUCAUACAUACAUUACUGUAAAGAUGAAUAUAUCUAUAAAAAAUAAAUUUUAUGAAUGCA